UAAUUCUGGUGACGUGCGUGAAACUUCUCGAUACGUGGCUGGUUGACGUCUAGUGUUUCGCUACGUUCUCUCACUCAAGCUUGCAUUUACCUCAGGAAUUGGGUGCUUCAACGCAGUUUUCUAACUAGAAUUCUGUUAAAUCUAAUUACUCAAUAAAAAAUGGAUCAGAUCGCUAAAUUCGUGGAGCCUGGCAAGCAGUUCGCUAAGGAUUCUCUCAGACUGGUCAGGAGAUGCACGAAGCCCGACAGGAAAGAAUUCCAAAAGAUUGCCAUCGCGACAGCCAUCGGUUUCUGCAUCAUGGGUUUCAUCGGUUUCUUCGUGAAGCUCAUACAUAUCCCCAUCAACAACAUUAUUGUUGGAUCAUAAACUCCUAGUUUUAGUUUAGACGUAAUUCUCAUUCGGAGGUGGACGGGACUUACUCCAGGUGUAAAAGUGAGGCCAAGGGAGAGCUGCAGCAUUAUAUACAAUGUUUGGUAUGCCCCUCCUCCCCUCCGCUAGGCUUUCAGCGAAAUGAACUUGCCCCACGGUUUAUCUCAGUGAUGUUGUGAACGCGCUCUCAAUGUGUCCGUUUUCGUAACGCUCGCUUACUACUAAAUGAGCGCUUUUCGCGAGCGGUGUGCGCCAAAUGUGGAUGCACCUUAAAAAUCAUGUUUAUUGUCGUGUUUUACACCAUAAAAUACAAAUUAUUUGAAAUCAUAAACAUUACAUAAUCAUCUACAUUAAACUAAAUUGGUAAAUUUUUAAUUAUAAAUGAAUGUCAAUUAGACUAAGUUCUGUCCACCUCCACUCUUACAUUAAGGCCCGGACACUAAGUUAAAGCAUCCCAUUAUUUUCAUUUUAUAUUUUAAAUUGAAUGAAUAAAUUAUUCAACUU